AUGUCUUCUCCAGCUACUGUUCUUGAACCAACUAUCCACCUCUUCGAUGAAGCUUUCAACAACUGUGCUUACAAUGAUGUUGUAGACUUUUACCACCCUGAUGCCGUUCUAGUCCAAAAAGGCAAGGAAGCUACUUAUGGAAAAGACAACAUGCUUGCUUUCUACAAAGGCUUCGGAGAUAUGAUUGGAAAGAGUGAUACAACCAUUACUGACAAGACUUUUGAAGGAUCUGAGAAUUACAUCACAUACGGUGGCAAAUUCGUGACUGAGACUGAAAAAUUAGGAACAAUGAAGGGAUGGUUCUCUCAAGUUUGGAAGAAGGAGGGAGGCAAGUGGCUCGUCAUUUACGAUAUCUUUGGUACCGAAUAA